CAGCUGCUGUUUAGAGGGACGUCCAGUCCUGUGCAAACCCAACACAGUUUACAAGUCCUACACCUCCAUCUUCUGCCUCCGGAGGAUUUUGAGCCCUCCCAUUUGUCGUCCGGCUGCUUACUUUUCACACUAAAUUUGCACUGCAGCAACUGCUCUUGCAACAUGGGACUGAUCUUGUCUGGGGCUCUUCCCAUCAAGGAGAACCUGUGUGCUUCUCUGUCCAGUGUCACUGUCACUCUGUGUGUUUUCAUCCUUGUGCUGAUGGCCAUCAGCCUGCAAAAGAGUCAAAGAUACUUCUUUUGCUUCCAGCAUGACUCUCAGCUGGACCCUGCAAAACUCCCCUCUCCUCCAGGUCCCAGACCUUGGCCUCUUGUUGGCAACUUACUCCAGAUGGGAGAUCAGUUGCAUCUUUCUCUGACCAGCUUGAGGCUCCGGUAUGGAGACGUUUUCAAGGUGCAUCUGGGCUCUUUAACAGUUGUCAUCCUUAGUGGAUACACCACCAUCAGACAGGCACUGGUUCGUCAGGGAGAAGCUUUUGCCGGGCGACCUGAGCUUUUCACGUUUUCCGCCGUAGCCGAUGGGAACAGUAUGACCUUCAGUGAAAAGUAUGGACCUGCAUGGCUGCUCCAUAAGAGGCUGUGUAAGAAUGCCCUCAGGUCUUUUGCCCAGGCUGAACCCAAAGGAUCCAAGGCCACCUGUCUCUUGGAGGAGCAUGUUUGUUCUGAGGCUGCUGAGAUGGUGGAAGUGAUGCGGGAGCAAGAUGCUAAGACAGAUUGUGGCCAUGAGGGUAUAGAUCCAGUGAUGCCCCUGGUAACCUCAGUGGCAAAUGUUGUAUGUGCCCUUUGUUUCGGGAAACGAUAUGACCACAACAACAAGGAGUUUCUCACUAUUGUCAACAUCAACAGCGAGGUCCUGAAAAUCUUUGCAGCUGGGAAUUUGGCUGAUUUCUUUCCUGUGUUUCGCUAUUUCCCGAGUCCGUCCCUGAGAGCGAUGGUCCAGUACAUUCGUAGAAUGAAUGAAUUCAUGGAGCGAAGGAUUGAGGAACAUAUCAACACCUUUGAUAAGAACUGUAUCCGAGACAUCACCGAUGCUCUGAUUGCACUCUGUGAAGACAGAGAAGAAAAUAACGAAACAUCUCUGCUCUCCAACUCUCAGAUCAUUCACACUGUCAUUGAUAUCUUUGGUGCAGGGUUUGACACCAUCAUUACUGGUUUACAGUGGAGCCUGUUGUACCUCAUCAAUUUUCCUGACAUCCAGGACAGAAUACAUCAGGAGAUAGAUGACCACAUAGGCUUGACCAGACUGCCCAGGUUUUCAGAUAAGCCUAACAUGCCUUAUACUGAAGCAUUCAUAAAUGAAGUGUUCCGUCAUGCUUCAUAUGUCCCUUUUACCAUACCUCACUGCACCACAAGAAACACCAUCUUGAAUGGAUAUUUCAUUCCCAAAGAUACUUGUGUCUUCAUUAAUCAAUAUCAAGUCAAUCAUGAUAUUGAUCUUUGGGGUGACCCAGACAAAUUUUGUCCUAACCGCUUCCUGGGUCCAUCUGGACAACUUAACAAGGAGCUAACAGAAAAAGUUCUCAUCUUUGGUCUGGGGAAGAGGCGCUGUCUCGGUGAUAGAUUUGCACGUCUAGAGAUGUUUGUCUUUCUCACCACUCUACUCCAUGGCCUGAGGAUUGAAAAUAUCCCCGGUCAGGAGCUAGAUCUGAGCACAGACUUUGGUCUGACUAUGAAACCACGUCCAUACAGGAUUGCAGUCUCAGCAAGAUUUUAGACCCUAGAAAACCCAACACCUACAGAGAUGAGGCAUCCCUCAUAAAUAUUCAAAGACUGGAGUUUCUGUUUGGACAAGUAUGGUUGAAACCACAAAUUAAAACACCCACAACUGUUGUAAUUUAAAUGUAGCCACUCUGACUUUUCCUCUUCUCCCCUUUCAUGUCUUUUCUUCUUUUCAUGUCCAUUUUAUCCAUUAGGUUCUUUCAGUCUUUUCAUCUCAAACAUCUUUAUUAUACUUAUUGUAUAGAAACAGUAGUUCAUCUUUUUAAAAAUCUUCCUCUUUGCCCAUCAGUUCUUCCCUCACAUGCAGAUCAGAAACAGCUCUAGAAAUCUUAAAGGGAAAAAAUGAAGAGUGCAAUAAAAUGUGAAUAGUUUGUCUUUGCAGUGCACGUGUGAGCUAGGAGGAGUCAGGCAGGACUUUAAAAAACUUAAAAUUAUACACAAGAAAGUUGAAUUUGUAUCUGUAACAUACAGCAUUGUCAUAUGCUAGAUUUAAGAUAAGUCAAACUGAAAUGUAUCACAGAGCAUUAAAUGGAUAUGCCAUUUGUAAUCCGGUUAAUAGUGAAAUCUUUGGGAAGUUGUAAUCUGGUUGUAUGAAGUUGGUAGUAUAUUGAUGAAGUUGCAGAUUUACUUUGUAUGGAUGUUUAUUCAUAUGUAUAAAUCCAUAUAGAAGAUUUACUAUAAACACUGUUAAUCAGGGUAGGUUGCUUGAUGUAGAUGCCGUAUAUACAUUCAGCAGAGUACUAAAUGAUCAUUGGUUUGCAAAAUAUAUAUUUUUUGUUCAAAUGUUCAAAUUGUGGUAGAUGUUCAAAUUGUAUAAACAUAUAACACUCCACUACAUUUCAAAAUACAUGCAGUGAGAUAAACUUAAUGAA